CUCGCAGUUGUUCAGACAGUGUCGUCAUUAUCUCCGCUCUCGCGACGAGAAAGCGUGAUUCAUAUUUUUAGCUCCCCCAUCAGUGUGCUUUCAGUCGCAGAAACAAAACGCCCCAUGCAGGAUGCGAGUUUUGUUCGUCUGCAUUGGUAACUCCUGCCGAUCGCCCAUGGCGGAAGCCGUGAUGCGGGACAUGCUGCAGAGGGAACACUUGGACGACUGGACGGUGGACAGUGCAGCCCUAGCGGAUUGGAAUGUCGGUCGGUCACCGGAGGAGCGCUGUCUGGCUGUGCUCAGAGAGAAUGGACUGGAUUCAGAGCAUGUUGGGCGACAGAUCGGUGAGAGUGAUUUCCACCGGUUCGAUUAUAUUUUCGGGAUGGACGAGGGAAACGUGAGGGACUUGAUGGCGUUGGCUCCGGCAGGUUGUGUGGCUCGGGUGGAACUGCUGGGGAACUACCGGAUGAAGGAGUUGGAUAAAAUUAUAUUUGAUCCGUAUUUUGAACGUGGAAUACACGGGUUCAGACGGUGCUAUGACCAAAUUGUGAUAUGCUGCAGGAACUUCAUUCAGCAAAAACGGCAACCCCAGUGAUUGUAAUUGUGAUAUUGGUAGUGUGGUAUGAUAAUUGGUAUUCCAGAAGCCGUUUUAGAAUAACUUCCCAGCGAUGAGGUCAUCUAGAAAUCGGUCCCACUUUGGUUGGAGUAUUUCUGAAUACUCCGUCCGUUCCUCCGGUGUUAAGGAGCUGUACCUAGAAUAAUAAAUGUUAUGGUUGACCUUGAAA